CCCUCUUGAGAAACGCCUGCUCCUGUAGCCACAAUACUUCUGUCCUCAGCCAGGAAACGAUAGGGCCUCGGUCACAAGGCCCCUUUACUUCUCUCCAAGUCCAGAGAAAUGAAACAGAAACUUCUGGAAACAGGGAGCGAAGUAAUGGUUGAAAAGCGGCCACCCCCUCCCCGAGGCCCAUCAUGGCGCCGGUAAACAUGUGGAAUGAUAUUGAGCUUCUUGCCAAUGAUGACACAGGGAGCGAGCGGCUCCCGGUAGGUUUGGGACGUGAGUGUGGAACUGCAUUGUAUCAAGUGGAUACGCUACUUCAAAUCACAUCUUCAGAAAAGGUCUCCGUUAAUCCGCAGUUGUAUGCAUGCAACUCAAAGGAUGGCAGUAUUAUUGUUGUUGACAGAUCUGUGGCACUUAUUGACAGUACUGGGCAGUCUCUGCAGAUGCACGUUCAGUUUGAUACUAAUGUGGAUGUAGUUGGUAUGUGUCAAGAAAAACAGUUUCUUGUGGUUGGUGAGAGAAGUGGCAAUUUCCAUCUUAUUCACAUACCAUCAAAACAAACCUUGCUAACCAAGAUUUUGGUUGAAAAAUCUUCAAGUGAAAAGACUUACUUAAAUCUCUUCAUUGAAAAAGAUAAUUCAGAUGCAGGUGUUUAUCAUAUGUUCAUUCUCACAAGCAAUGGAUUCUUCUGCAUUAUGUGUCUCCCACUUGCUAAAACACAGGGAGCAAUUGACAAGAUGGAUAUGAUUACAGCAAAGACAUUACAAGGACAGAUAAAGACAGCUUUCAUUUCCACAGAAGAGUAUCACAGCCUUGGCUGUCAGAAUUUUGUGAUAAGUAACUCAGUGAACAAAAUCCAUUUGAUAAUUGGGGGUAAGGGUGAUUAUGUACUCUCCACAUGGGAGGCAGACACUACCAAUAACCUGGUGUCUCUUCGAAGUUUUGCUGAUUCAAGUCUGAUCAAAGAUGCAGCAAAACUUCAAGUUCUUGACAAUCUGCUGUUCGUUUUAGAUACAGAGAAUGUCUUAAGCAUGUGGGAUGUUUAUUCCCUUACUCUAAUUUGGGAUUGGCCUUUAAUAAGUAUUGAAGAAUUCCUUCUAAGUACAGAGUCAGAUUCUUCCCCAGUUAUAUGGCAAGGACUUGCCAAUGUUAAACUGAUAGUCAUGACAACACCGGAUAAUAAACAGAUGAGAAGUCUAAUGGUUUUUGCAUUGCCUACUAUGCAGCAGCUCUAUUCUCUGGAAGUAUCAAUUGUUUCUUCGCUUGUUCAAAGUGGGAUUGGCACAGAUACAAUAUACUUCUUGGAGGGAAUUCAUGAAAAACAUCAGAUACCCUCUGAAGGCCCAGUUUCUAUUGUUGUGAUGAGAAGUUUAACUGAAGCCUUGCCGGAAAAUAGACUAAGUCGCUUACUUCAUAAACACAAAUUCUGUGAAGCAGAGAAUUUUGCUAUUCAGUUUGGGCUAGAUGUUGAGCUUGUAUACAAAGUGAAAGCGAACACUAUUUUAGAGAAACUAGCUUCAGCUUCUGUUGGGAGUUAUGGUCAUGAAGUCUGGCUGGAUCUUGUGAAUGAAGCCAAAGAAAAUUUGCAAAAAAUUCAGGAUAGCCAAUUUGUUGUGGAUUACUGCAUAAAUGCUCCAUGGCCGCUGUAUGAAACCACUCAAGAAAUGUUGAACUACGCUAAAGUCAGAAUUUUGAAGGAAGACAAUAGAACCACUGCUCCAUCAUCUGAUGGGGCUCUGGUACCUGUAACUGAGGUAUUGAGAGCUCAGGCAAGGCUUACCACUUUUUAUGGAGCUUUUGGACUAGAGAAAUUCAGUGGUAUUGCUUGGACAGAAUUCAUGAAUAAUGAAGACAUUUUCAAGAAUAUCCUUUUUCAGCUAGAAGAAGGAAAUUUAUCUUGUGCACAGUACCUCUGGCUUAGGCAUCAGGCAGAUUUUGAAAGAGGUUUUGAUAAGAAAAUGCUGGAGAACUUGCUUAAUGCCAUCCAUUUUGCUGUUCCUUUGAAAGAACUAUGUUUGUGGCUUAAAAAUGUUGUGAUCCCUUUCAUAAGAAGAGUUGUGCCAAAGGGACAGAAAAUGUUAGCAAAAUGGCUGGAACAAGGUGCUCGAAACCUUGAACUAACUGAUAAAGCAAAUUGGCCAGAAAAUGGGCUCCAAAUGGCAGAGGUUUUUUUUACAAGUAAAAAUCAAGGUGAAAUGGGACUGACAGCUUUUGGCCAGUGGAUUCCUUUGAGAUGUGGUGACUGUGAAGAGGUACAUAGGUUAAAGAAGCUGGUAAAUAAUUUACAAGAACUGAUAAAUCUGUACAGAAAAUACAACUGCAAGAUGGCACUCUGUGAUUUUGAGAAGGAAAAUGCAACUACUAUUGUGUUUCGCAUGUUUGAUAAAAUUUUGGCACCAGAGCUUGUCCCAUCCAUUUUGGAGAAGUUUAUAAAACCCUACCUGUGUGAACAUAAUCUACAAAAGGAUGAACUACUUCUACAGUAUAUAAAGGAUUUGCUAGAACGUUGUCGUACACGGUCUACUUCAGUAUUUGAAACUGCAUGGGAGGCAAAGGCAAUAGCUGUCAUUGGCUGCAUCUCUGAUACAGAUCUGAAAUUUGAUGCAGUUCUACAGAUAAUGCACGGUGCUAUGGUACCCUGGAGUGCAGCAGUGGAGCAGCUGGUAAAACAGCAUUUGGAAAUGAAUCAUGUCAAAGUGAAGUUACUGCAGGAAAGUUACCGACUAAUGGAGAUGAAGAAGCUUUUGCGAGCCUAUGGGAUAAGAGAUACUAAUCUUCUAAAGGACAAGCAGAUGAUAAUGAGGCUGGUGAAAUACAUUCUUAAACAAGAUACCCCUACUUCUUUGGAGGAUGCUUUGAAAAUUGUAGCAGCAUAUAUGUUGCCCACUGUGGAAGUCUACAUCCUGAGGAUGAUAGACCUGAUCGACAAAGAAAGGGGAGAGGAAUCUCUGACUUUGUUAAAAUCUCUGAAUCUUGCUGAAGCUGAGGAAGUUGCAGAGAGACUGACUGUAUGGGGAACACUGGUAUUACAGAAUAAAGCAGAUAAUUCUGAAGAGCGCAAAACACAAAUGUUUAUGACUAAGACACUCAUGGAAAUCCUUAAAUUCCUGUUCAGCAUUCAAAGAGACAAUCCUCUGAAGAAAGAUGAAUGUGAAGCAAACUUAAAAAUGUUUGAAACACUUGCUACCCUGCAGGAAGAUUUUGAUAUCUUUCUUUCAGUAGAAGAAUUUAGGAAUCCUUCGCUGAUGUCUAGGCUUCUUGAACAGCACAUAAAGGCCUAUGAAACUGUCAGAUCUCUGUCAAAGCCUAGAAAAGUGCAAACAAUGAAUUGUAAUUCAGAAGAUGGUAAAACCAAGAACCGUUCUACUGAAUCAAGGUUGUAUAGACUGGCUUUGCUCCUGCAAAGGUCAGAGCAAGAACUGGGAGAAAAACUGGCCUUGAGAGCACUAGAUGCUGGCAAAGUUGAAGAUGCUGUAAAAAUAUGCAGGGAGUUCUAUGAAAAUCACUGUAAUGAAGAAACAGGGAAGCUGCUGUUUACAGCAUGUCAAAGGCUUUGUCAUAUGUUGGGAGCUGACGUUCCAAUGAUCACGCCUAAAGAUAUGAAUCUUCCAGCAGUUAUCUAUGAAAUGGCUUGCCAAGCAGCUACAGUGUGUAGUCCAGAUUUACUAUUAGAUUCUCUGGAACUAUGUAAAUAUACUUUGGCUGCCAAGGAAAUUUACAGACAGUGCCAAAUAGAAAACUAUGGAUUUACAGCAAAGACAACAUCUUUUGGAGGAGAUAAAGAUCCUUAUGAAGAAUGGACUUAUGAUGACUUCUUUAAUGAAGAUGGGAUAGUUCUUGAUCCACAGAUAGCUCUUCCUGUUGCAUAUGAAACUAUUUCCUCUCUUCUGCCUGUUUGUGAGAACAAGCUGUAUCCUUUGGACUCUACAAGCCUGGCAAACUGCACAUUUAUUAAAGGACAGAACCUUCUACUGCCAGCUAGGACUCCCAUCUGUGCAGUGCUACAGAACCUCAUGGAGUGCAGUCAGUGUGAGUUAACUCUGCGGCUAAUAGUCUGUUCGUUUGGAUCCUGUCUUCAGCAUGGCGUAUCAAAUAACAUGGAUUUGUCCCUGAGUGAAAAGUUACAUGAUAGCAGUAUGCUAGCUGAAACCAAAAGCUUUCUCGUUGCUAUGAAACAGAAGUGUACUUCAGUAAUUAUGACCACUAUCCUGACCUUACUACACAAGGUGUUCAACUGUCGUCUCAUAGACCAGGACCUGGCAUUGGGUUAUUGCACAAUUUUGCCCAAGGAAGAUAUGUUCAAUAAGCUCUGGGAUGUCAUAAACAAUACAUGGCAAAAUUACAGAAAAGUUUUGGCAGUAGCUCUGGUCGGAGUACAGCUUGCUAACCAAUAUGGUGAAGCAGAAGAAAAAACAAAAUUCCAAGAAUUAGUUACUGAUGCAGAAUGGGGUAUCCAACUUGGUAAAUUUGGUAUUUCUUUCGAGGCUGUGUUUAGAAAACCACCAAUACGGAAGAAGGAACUCAUAAGAACGCUGGUACAAAAUCCCAAAGUAGACACAGAUCUCGUAUUGAAUUACUGCAGUACUUUCAUGCUGGACAGUGAUGCCGCACUGCAGCUUUGCAUUGAAACACUUCUUCUCCAGAAUGCUAAUACAAAUCAUGUUGAAGAUGACUCUGCAGAAUACAGUGAGAAGCAACCUCAUUCCACAUUACUAGCUAGAGCCCUAGAAAUAAUUCCUCUACUGAAAAGCACAACAGACCUGGUCGCUAGCCUCAGCAGAAUACUGUACAAGCUUGAUCCUUAUGACUAUGAAACUAUUGAAAUUGUCCUGAAAGUGAUACAAAGUGCUGAUGAAAAGAACACCAGUAUCCAGCCAAAUCAGGCUUUGAGCCUCCUCAAACAUCUGGAAUCUUAUAGAAGAAUUUCUCCACCUGUAGACCUAGAACACCAAUAUGUUUUAGAGCAUGUGAUUCCCUUAUCUCCAGCUGCUCAAACCAGACUGCCCUUUCAUCUGAUAUUCUUCAGAACUGCACAGUGUUUCUGGAACAUUAUAUCUGCAGAGCUCAGUGAGGAAACCUUCCCAACACUUCUGUUGAUUUCCAAACUAAUGAAGGUUUCACUGGAUACCUUACACAUGUCUGCAGCUCGACAUGUCUUUGAAAAAAAAUUGAAACCAAAAAUAUAUGAAAUGAGAAACAGUGGAUAUACAUCGGUUGUUAACAAGGAAACAGCUAAAACUGUGGAUACGAUUCAGUCAUAUCUGUUGUCUAUAAUUAAUCCAGAGUGGGCUGUAGCUAUUGCUCACAAGAUUGCACAAGACUUUCCAACAGGUCCUGACCAGAUUCAGGCGUUGAAAUUCUGUCUCUAUCUGGCUGAGAAAUGGCUAAAGAAUACUACAGCUAAGAGCUGUUGUGUUUUGCUAAAGGAUGAAUCACAUGAAAAAGCAGAAGUCCUACAGAAGAAAUUAUAUAUGCAGUAUAAGCGAUCAGCAACAGAAAAUGUUCUAAUAACACAUAACUUGAACACUGAAGAGCAUUUAAAGUCUAUUGGGAAACCAGCAAAUCUCAUCGUUUCACUAUACGAACAUCACAGUAUAGACCAAAGAAUCCAAAAUCCAACUGGCAGAGAUUAUCCAGAUAUCCAUACAGCAGCUAAGGAGAUAGCUGAAAUUAACAAUUUGGAUAUGAACAAAAUUUGGGAUAAACUGCUGGAUAAAUGGCUGUGUCCAAGUAUACUGCCCUCAGAAAAAACUCAAGAAAUCUUUGGAGAUGUACGAGAAGAUGAAGAACUCCGAAGAGUUAUAUAUCUACUUCAGUCGCGCCCAAUGGAUUAUAGUUCAAGAAUGCUUUUUGCAGUUACAACAUCUACCACAUCUCCCAUUAGUGUUACUCAGUUGACGUUUGCUCACAGAAGCAGAGCACUUAAGUGUCUGCUCUACUUGGCAGAUACCAACACUGUGGAAUCACUCUUCAAGAAACCCAUAGAGAAAGUAAAGUAUUUUCUGAAAUGCUGCAUUUAUCUGGCAGAGUUUGAAAUCUUGAAUAUUCCAUAUACUUAUGAAUCAUUUCAUAACAGUCCUAAGGAAGGAAUGAUUAAGGGGCUAUGGAAGAAUCACAGCCAUGAACCCACGGCUGUUAGACUGGUGACAGAACUUAGUCUAGAAUACAAAGUAUAUGAUUCCCAGCUGUGGAACGGCCUACUACAGAAACUCCUUGGUUUCAAUAUGAUUCAAUAUCUAAGAAGAGUUUUAGUAGCAAUUACUGGGAUCCAUUCAUUAUGGGAGAUUCCCAACUUCAGUAGAGCUUGGCGAAGUGUAGUUCUGUCACCAUUUCUCACAGCUUCAUGUCCACCAAGUCCUAAACAGUUAGAGGAAUGUUGUGAGUGUUUUGUGAUUCUGCUCAAGUGUCCUGUGCUGGCUGACUUGGAUGUCAUCGGAAUAGCUAAACAAUAUGCACAGUUGGAUCUUCCAGCUUUUGCUUUGGGGUGCCUGUUGCUGAUUCCUCAGAAUGAGAAGCGAGAGCAGCAAAUUCAGGGUUUCUUAUCGACAUGUAACAUGGAAACAGUGCUGCAGCAGAUAGAUGAACACAUGAAUACUGGAGAAGUAGUGGCAUUUGCUUCUCAGAUCAGAUCUUUGGUUUUGGACAGUAUCAUAAAUGAGAAGCUAUAUGAAAAAUUCUUGAAAACUAAGUAUUUUCCACUGUUGAAGCAGCAACUGAUGAAUACUCACCGAAUGAGAGAACUGGUGGAUUAUUUUGCCAAAAAGAACUGCACUGAUGAUGCAACAGCCCUAAUUCGAGAAUAUCUAGAGAAGUGUGGAAAUCCUGCUCUGAUAGACAUACCAUCAUCUGAUCUUCUGAAGAUGUAUCUGACUGGACCAGAAGAGACCUGUGUACUAGAACUGCCAUCGAGAAGACCUUGAUUUACCCUUUUCUCCCUCUACUGGCAAGCUGAGGGCUGUGCAUUAAGAACGCUUAUACUGGUCAGGUGAACAUUAAACUAAAAAAAUUAAUGCUGUUUUACCAAGAGCUACCCUGAGCUUUCUACAUCUGUGUCUUUUAAACUGUUCUAGGCUGUUUCUUCUCCAUACUCCAUCCCCACUGAAACAGUUUAGAUUUACAGCAGAAUUUACUGUUUCUAUUCCACAGUAAUGUUCAUAUUCAGCACUUUGAUUUUAGGAAGGAUUAAAGUUUAUUUCCUUUACUUCUCUAUUUCUCUGUGUUUGAGGUGGCUAUCAGGAUCACUCUAUUUCAUUGACACAAACAUAACCUUCUGUAAUUGUGAUUACUUGUUAUUGUGAUAAACUUUUUUUAAACUGUGAUGUACUUCAUGUAAAAUACACUUUGUAGACAAAUUGUAAUUUAAACUACAAUAAACAGAAAUAAACAGAUUUACAUACCC